AUGAGGGCCGAAACUGUCGCGUCUGUCAGCAUGUUAGCCAAGCUAGCACUUGGGCAGUCAGUUAUUAAUUCCGGAAAUGGCUUUGGAACCUACUAUUACGAUAUUGAGCACCCGCAAUCCUGCUUCAACGAUUUCACGAACAUGAACACGGGCUUUGUCGAAUGCAGUCAGUUCCUCCCCUGGACCUUGAACAACGUCCAUAGCAACAACCUUGUUGCUAUGAACCACACCCUUCUGGCUGGAAACUUAGCCAAGUUUUGCGGUAAACGGGUUGUGGUCAGCGUCAAUGGACAGCCUUCCAGCACGCCAUUCUUCAUCGGUGACGGCUGUGAGCGAUGUGGUACCGGAUCCUCCUCCAACACUCAAUGGAAUCCUAAUGGAGCUCCUGGCUUGGAUUUCAGCUUUUCGGCUCUUGAUUCCCUAAACUCGAAUGCAUGCAACGCCGGACAUAUCGACAUCUCUUGGCAGAUUCUGGACGAGACUCUGUAUAACUUUGACACCAACGCCCCAGGGCAGCCAACCGGUCCCGUCAAUGGAGGUGGAGGCGAUCCCGGAAAUGGCGGCGGCAGUGACCCGGGCAAUGGCGGUGGCACUUGCAGUUGGGCAGGUCAUUGCCAAGGUGCCAGCUGUGGCUCAGACAAUGAUUGCUCCGAUGACCUUACUUGUAUCAGUGGCAAUGGCGGUGCGUACCUAAGAGGCAAGCUGUAG